AUGGGCAACAACUUGGGGGCUGGACCUGGCACCUGUGACUUUGCAGCCCUUAUACAGGGUCUGCUAAAGCAGAGAGGACUGAAAAUAUCACCACGCACAGUAGAAACUAUAGUGAAGGAUAUUGAUAAGGCAGCGCCGUGGUUCGCUGUUUCGGGCGAUUUUAACCUCGACUGCUGGGAAAAGUUAGGAGAAGACCUUGAAAGAGCAAAACAGGAGGAUAGAAUUGGCCGAGGAUCAAUUCCUUUAUGGAAGCUGGUCCAUUCGUGCCUCAAGGACAGUAAGAACAUGGAGCUGAUUAAACAGGGGCGUAAGGUCUUGGCUUCGCACCAGGAUAGUCUCUCGGAAGCGGAGUCAAGAGGGGAGGAAGACAGGCCUGCAUACAACAGAGAUAAAAGGGAAAAGAAAAGAAAAAUAAAACAAGGGGAAAAUAAAGAAGAACCCCUAUAUCCAGUACUGGAAGAGUUUGCAAACUUAGAAAUUUCAGAUGAUUCGGUGGUAGAAGGAUUGUCGGAGGAGGACCAGGAGGAGCUUGAGGAAGCUGCUGCAGAGUAUGAGAGAGAUCGUUAUGGGCGGCAGCCAAUUUUGAACAAAGCCAGAGUAAGCGCGGGACCAGUGGCGCCCUCGGCCCCGUGCACAUCUCUGGCUCCACCCCCGUAUCGCCCUUCCGGUGGGGGGUGUCAUUUUAUAGGAGGAAAGAUGUGGGAACGCCUCGCAUCUGCUUUUCCUGUUUUUCAAAAUCCACAAACUAAUGAGAGAUAUCAUGAGCCUGUGCCUUAUAAACAAUUGAAAGAUCUUGUUGAAGCGGCAAAGACUUAUGGAGCUAAUGCCAGCUAUACUCUUGCAUUGCUGAACAGAUUGGCAAGCCAGCCUCUCACUCCAUCAGAUUGGUCUGAGGUUGCCAGAGCAAGUCUAUCCACCGGACAGUACCUGGACUAUAGGUCCUUAGUUGUAGACAUGGCCCACGCCCAGGCUCGAGUGAAUGUACAGAAUCAGCACCCUCAGUGGGAUGUUGAUAUGCUUAUGGGAAUAGGUCGAUGGGCAGCAAAUCAGACACAAUUUCCAAUAGAGGUCUAUGCUCAAAUUAAUGACAUCUAUCAGAGAGCAUGGAAGGCCUUACCAAAAAAGGGUGAGGUUGUUGGAAACCUAACAAAGAUAUUGCAAGGAACUAAUGAGCCAUUUUCAGAGUUUGUGGCCAGGAUGAUGGAAGCUGCAGAAAGGGUUUUUGGAGAUUCAGAAACAGCUGCACCGUUGGUUAAACAGCUUGUGUAUGAACAAUGCACUAAGGAGUGUAGAAGGGCAAUCACACCCUGGAAAGGAAGAGGGAUUGACGUCUGGCUAAAAGCAUGUAGGGAGAUCAGUGGACCCUUGAGUAAUGCAGGUUUGGCUGCUGCAGUUGUAACGGCAGCUCGUAGGGCAGGUGCUUGUUUUAGAUGUGGUCAAACUGGUCAUUUUAAGAAACAAUGCUCACAAGUUAAUCGUGGUGUGGCUCGGGUACCUGGAACUUGUCCAAAGUGCAAAAAAGGGAGACAUUGGGCCAAUGAGUGCAGAUCAGUGAAGGACAUUAAUGGGCAGCCUAUCCACCAGAAUGCAUUCCAGCCAAAAAACGGGAAGCAGGGCCCCCGUCCCCAGGGCCCGAAAAUCUUUGGGGCAAUCCAGGAAUCCAACAUGAAACUUCCAUUACCCCCAGGAGAGCAACACCAGGCUCCGCAGGAUUGGACCUCCGUGCCACCACCGGAUUGGUAUUAA